GCUGAGACGGACGGCUCUCCUUCACAGACUGGAGGAUGAACUGAAGAGAGAAGAGGACUAUCUGAGUUUAGCUGGUCGGCAUGCAGAGGAAGCAGCCGCUUGCUUGAAUUUCCCUUGUUUUUCUUCUGGGUACAGCGAAGGUCUCUGGUGGAUACUGUGAGGAAAUGAGCAACAGGAUGGAAGGAACGGCGGGACCGGGCGACAGGGCGAAUGGACCGGUCCCAGUGCCCAGCAGCAACCAGGCGCCGCCACAACUGAGCACGCCAUCAUCUAAGGAGGAGCUGGAAGAAGCGCAGCCGUCUUCUCUGACCGACGUCACUCAAAUGUGGAUUCGAUUUGCCAAAACUUUUGCCAUCAUCUUUCCCAUCUACGUGCUGGGAUAUUUUGAGUUCAGCUUUAGCUGGGUUCUGAUCGGACUCGCCAUGCUUUUUUACUGGAGGAAGAACCAUGGCAGUAAGGACUACAGGAUAAACCGGGCUUUGGCUUUCCUGGAUCAACAGGAUAAAGUCGUGAAGCAGAGUCUACCAACAGCUGAGCUGCCACCAUGGGUCCAUUAUCCAGAUGUGGAGAGAGUGGAGUGGCUCAAUAAGACAGUGAAGCAGAUGUGGCCGUUCAUCUCCCAGUUUGUGGAUAAACUGUUCAGGGAGACCAUCGAGCCGGCUGUGAGAGGAGCCAACCCUCAUCUUAGCAGCUUCUGCUUCACCAAGAUCGACAUGGGAGACAAGCCAAUUAGAGUGAACGGGGUGAAAGUUUACACAGAAAACGUGGACAAGAGGCAGGUUAUCAUGGACCUGCAGAUCAGUUUUGUUGGCAACACAGAAAUUGACAUUGACAUCAAGAAGUACUACUGCAGAGCUGGGAUCAAAAGCAUUCAGCUUCAGGGCAUGCUGAGGGUGGUGAUGGAGCCUCUCCUGGGGGACAUGCCUCUAAUCGGAGCCCUGUCCGUCUUUUUCCUCCAGAAACCCACGUUGGACAUCAACUGGACAGGACUCACAAACAUGUUGGAUAUUCCAGGUGUUAAUGGCUUAUGUGACGGCCUCAUCCAGGACAUCAUCUACAGCUACUUGGUGCUGCCGAACCGGCUCAACAUCCCCCUGGUGGGAGAGGCUGAACUGGCCAGGAUCCGCUUCCCCAUUCCACAGGCCUUGCUAAGAGUCCACUUCCUGGAGGCCCAGGACCUGCUGGGUAAAGACAAGUUUCUGGGUGGACUAAUCAAAGGCAAGUCUGACCCAUAUGGAAACCUCAAGCUCGGGACAAACGAUUUCAAAAGCAAAGUCAAAAAAGAGACUGUAAAUCCGAAAUGGGACGAAGUUUUUGAGUUCCUGGUUUACGAGAAUUCGCCAAAGAGUCUGGAAAUUGAGCUGUUUGAUGAAGACCCAGAUGAAGAUGACAGAUUGGGAGGUGUGAUGAUUGACAUUGAUGAGGUCAAGAAGUUACAAAUGGUUGAGGAGUGGUUCUCUUUGGAGGAUGUGGCCCGAGGGAAGCUGCACCUGAAACUGGAGUGGUUGUCUCUGCUGUCCUCACCGGAGAAACUGGACCAGGCACUGGCGAGCAUCAAGGCAGACAGAGCUCAUGCCAAUGACGGGCUGUCGUCUGCAGUGCUGGUCGUCUUUCUGGAUUCAGCCAGGAGCCUGCCGAGCGUCUUCGAGGGGAACUUGGGUUCAGGCUACUUAAAAGAGAGACGGUCGGCUGGCCUUGUGUUUUGUGAGAACACAUCUUCUCUCUAUAGGAGCUUAUUUCGCAAUCCAUUAGAGUUCAACCAUGCGGGGCUGAGGAAGGCCUCGGUCAGUAAGGCCAUCAAGUCAGGUAAAAAGGUGGCCAGUGAUCCCAGUCCAUUUGUCCAGUUCACAGUGGGGCACAACUCCUUCGACAGCAAGAUCAAGUAUAAAACCAAUGAACCAGUGUGGGAGGAAAACUUCACCUUCCUCAUCCACAACCCUAAACAGCAGGAGCUUGAGGUCAAGGUGAAGGAUGCAAAGCAUGAUUGUGAGUUGGGGACGUUGGUUCUACCUCUGACCCGCCUUUUAGAAGAAAAGGAUAUGACUCUGAGUCAGCGCUUCCCCCUUAAGACCUCAGGGCCAAGCUGCGCCUUAAAAAUGAAGAUAGCUCUGCGGGUGUUGUCUCUUGAGAAGGACGCCAGCUCAGCAUCUGGCUCCACCCCCCCAUCAGUGCAGGUCCGCAGGUCCAGUUCUGCAGACCCUACUCCACGACCUUCUAUUUCCUCACAAUCCAGCAAGCCUCCCAUCAACACCUCCGAAGUGCCUCGCACCUCCCCCACCUCAGCUCAGGACCUACAGAACCGGAGAAGGGAGUCAGAAGUGAAGUCUGUGGGAAGCGCAGACUUGGAGCAGGCUGGUUAUGGAAGAGGCGUAGGUCAAAGCUUAGCUGAAACUGGGAAGAGCAUGUCCUACCUGGCUAUCUCUGGCUCCCAGCAGCUGCUGGAUGGAGGCAAGGAGCCAACGCCGAGCAUCGCCUCCGAUAUUUCCAACCCCUUUGCUGCUCAGGAGCUGGAGCAGAAAAUCCAGCAGCUGAAUGGUUCAGCUUCUAGCCACUUCCCUCUGGGUGAGAUCCAGCUGACCAUCCGCUACAGCUCGCCGAGGAGCAGGCUCAUUGUGGUUGUUCACGCAUGCAGAAACCUGAUCUCUUUCACUGAUCACGGCUCUGACCCUUACGUCCGCCUCUACCUGCUUCCUGACAAAAAGAGGUCAGGAAGGAGGAAAACUCACACAUGCAAAAGAAAUCUCAAUCCCACCUACGACGAAACGGUUGAGUUUAGCGUCGGCUCCAAUGAGUACCACAAGCGAAUUCUGGAUGUUGCAGUGAAAAACGGCGGAGGUCUGCUCUCCAAAAACAGAGGUCUUCUAGGAAAGGUUCUGGUUAAUUUAGUUAAUGAAGACAUCAGUAAAGGUUGGACAGAAUGGUUUGAGCUGACUAAAGACGGUUACCCGAGACCGCAGCCUUAAGUCUUCGUCGCAUCCAAGAGUAUAACCAUCACCACAGUUCCGCUUAUGUCCACAGUACAUUUUUCCUGUUGUGUUCAUGACAUGUUAAUGCAAACGGUUAGAGAAAAGCAGCUUUUAAACACUCAUUCAUCACAUCAGUCGCAAAGGCAAGACUUCCCUUUAAGAAGUGAGUUAUUGACUAAAGCAGCAUAGAAAUGUAAAAAGGUAUAUAUUAAAUGUGCUGAGACAGAGGUUUUAUCCUAUAUUUAUAGACACUAGAACAGAUUUAUUGCUGUUGUUAUAUACACUAUAUAUGUGUGUUUGUAUAUAGUGUAAAAUGAUGUUGGACUCCAAAGCGGUUUGUAUUCUGCACAUAUCAGAGGUGUGGUGUCUUCAUUGCCAAAGGAUUGUGUGUAAUUAUAUCAGAUUUCUUUUCUUAUUUUGAUAUAAAUGUUCUCGAUUUUUUUGUUGAAGUUUGGGGGGGAGGGGUAAUUGCACCAAAGAGAGUAUGUGGUUGAUUUGAAUUGUCUAUAUUCUGAUAACUCGACUAAACGCUGUCUUUCUAGCUCUGUAAUGAGCAGACUAUCAAGCACGAGUGAAUGAACCAAAGGGUUGGAGCUCAGGAGAUGGAGCUCGUUCAGCGUGUGCAGAAACACUCAAGUGUUACCUUUUUUUUUUUUAUUGAAUGUGAUCAUUUGCACAUGAAUAUUUUAAAAUCUGAUUACAAUCAUUAGUAUUGUCAACAUUACAUCCCGAGGAGUGAAUGAAAAUAUCCAUAAAAUCGUUACUAUUUAGGACCGACUGUAUUUAAAGGGAAGACAUUUUAUUAAGACGACGCCUGUUUUUAUUCUACAUCACAGCAAUUUACUCACAAUCGAGAUUGAAGACACAGACAAAACCUUUGAAGUUUUUUAUUUUUUGCUUACUACAUGUUGUAAUAGUUCUGGUGAAUAAAACAACCAGCCAGUAAGUUAAUCUGUGAUGUUGAGCCAGACUGUUUCCACCAUUCGAUCAGUUUGUAAGCUGAAUUAACAGCUGAUGGCAUCGAUACUGAUGUUUAUUUCAACAUACAGCUGAGCUCUGCACUUGGGGAUGUUACCUUGUUUGUCUUCAUUAGAUCACAGCCACUGUGUGAAAUAUUUUCAAAUCUUCCUGCGUAGAAGUUACUUUCCAAUUUCAGUAUUGAUUUUACUGGUUUUAAUUUGGACAAAGCAAAACUUUACCUUCUUUUUUUUUUAUUUAGGAUUUCAGUGAUUUAAAAAUGAUUUGGAGUUUCUGUGAGUUAUGAAAGGUCAAUAAAAAAUGAGGCAUUUAUUUUUAUAACUAUUUAAGUUAGGAUAGUUAUGGGCAAAAAUAGAAAAUGUCAAGAAUGUUAGUUUCCAGACUUUAUUCCAUAUUCUGGUAAAAUAAAAAAAUCCAACAAAUGGUUUUAUAAGGGACUCUAAGUUUUUGAUAAUUAAAUUUUAAACGUCUGUGGAACCGGAGCUGGAUUUCAAUCACAUGUGGAAUAGAGCCUUAAAAUUCCCUAUUUAGGGUUUUUACAGCGUAAAAUCCUAACAAACAGAAUCAGGUUUUAAGACGAAUGAUUUUAAAUAGAGGUGCCCAAAGGUGGUCCAGAUGUUUAAUAGCUGUAAAAUAUCCCUGUAGCAUCCAGCUCCAUCAUGUGGUUUCAUGUUUAGG